AUGACCAACCCCAGUCUUCUAGAGCUGCCCCGAGGGGUCCAGCUCGUCUAUCUCGCAGAGGGCGGAGCCAAUGUCAUCUAUCGGUUUGUCGCCGCCCCAAUAAAUUCAUCGCUCGUGGUGAGGGAGCCCAAGAGACCGGUCUCCCCUAUUAUGAUAGACGAACCUAUAUUGCCUGUCGGGUUUCAGGGGAAAUUACUACGCCUACGCAAAAAGACUGCCGGCGAUAUAUCAUAUAAAGAAAUCAAUCGCAAUUUCAAUACCAUUGUGCGCCCGUUAUUCAGACCAGAAGCAUUAGUGGAUCAGUCUCUUAUUCUGCUCCCCAGUGAUCUUAUUCAACGCUGUAAUGAGCAGCUUGUCGCUAUUGAACUUAAUGGGCAGCGAUCCAAAAAGCGGCAUGGCGGAUAUCUUUGUGCCGAUGAGCCAUUUGGCUUACUUAUUACCGACAUGACGACCUUCAAUACACCCGAUGCUACGCUGGCGGAACUCAAGCCGAAGUGGCUCACACAGUCCCCUUCUGCACCUCCUAAGGCGCAUCGGUGUCGGACCUGUGCUUUAAGAGAUAUGAAAAAUUAUGAUGCGCGAUCAUCAGGCUCAAAGGAGCAGCGAUCCUUUUGUCCUCUAGAUCUUGUGUCUGAGUGCUUUGAAGACGUCCUGCGUGCUACGACUUUCAUCAAGGGUUGUAAUGACCAGGCCCGACUUGCGGAAAUUCUGUUUCAUAACCCAGUUCUUCAGACAUUACGAGCUCAGCAGACAUCAUGGGCAAAGGUAGGUCUACAUGGUCCGCCUCCCUUAUCUCAAAAAGCAUCCCUCGACAUGACUUUGCGAGAUUGUACAAUGUUUAUCAAGAUACCACAUGAUGAGAAGUCCCCCGUAGAGAUCCGCCUAGGGGACUUGGACCUGAAAACGGGCGCAGGAGGAAAAUCCACCUAUUGGAGAAAAAUCGAACUUCAGCUUCUUGAUGGUGGCUGGUAUUCCGGAUCCAAUAGCAGCCAAGAUCACAGUGAGUGUGCACUUCAAGACUCAACACAUUAA